AUGGAAAGAAAGAACCCCCAAAGUAAGAUUAGCCAAUCAAGCAAAGAAGGAGCUAAUGUAUAUAAGGGAAAAUCGAAAAGUAGACAGAUAACCCCCUUGAGGAAUCGUGGAGAAAAUAAUCAUGCGAGGGAAGUUAAUAUGCCCUUCUUCAGCAUGGUGGGUGAUGAGUAUGAAAAUAGGGAUCCCUCUCAAGAUGGCGCAUUGAGGGGAGAGAACGGCCAAUUCGGAAGAAGUAAAAGUGGUAACAGUAACAAUGUCGGAGGGGUGAAUAAUUAUAAGUACAGGAAGAGAAGCGAACAGCGGAACCAUAGUCGUAGUCACCACCGUGAGGAGGGAGAUAAACACAAUAAGGAGAAUGACCACAACGAUGAGAAUGGUGAUGAGGAGGAAGGGGAAGGGGAAAGAAUGCCAAACGACGAGGACAUGAUGGGUGAGGAAGAAGCCUCGUACAAACACAACAGCGUGUCCCUAAGUUGCUACGAAAAUAAUAAUAGGAAGACGCUCUACAGACACAACGUAUUAAAUGAGGAGCAAAAAAACAUCGAGUGGUUGCUGAUUAGACAGAAAAAUGUAGAGCAUCUUGAAUCAAUAAAUUUUGACGAUCUGAUGAAGAACAACCUCUUUAAUUCGUUCCACAACUGCUACAACCAUGGGGAUGGAAGGGAUGGCAAUGGCGAUGGCAGUGGUGGUGACAUGAACAGGGGAAACAAACUUGGUAUGAGUAAGCGCGUCGGGAAGCACGACGACUCGAAAAGGAAUAACAGCACGCCGGAUGAGCUGGAGAUAACCAACCUCGCAGAUAUGUUAUAUAAAAUUAAGAAGGAGGAGUACCGAGUGCAACCCGACGAGGAAGAGGAGGAAGACUAUGAGGUGCCUCCGGCCGGGGAGUACGAUAUGUCGUACGAUGGGCGCUAUGAUGGGCGCUGUGAUGAGCGUUAUGAUGGGCGCUAUGAUGAGCGUUAUGAUGGGCGCUAUGAUGGGCGCUAUGAAGGGCGCUAUGAUGAGCGUUAUGAUGGGCGCUAUGAAGGGCGUUAUGAUAGGCCAUACGAUAGGCCAUACGAUAGGCCACACGAUAGGCCAUACGAUAGGCGCUACGAAAGGUCGUUCGACAGGCCAUACGAUGCGUACUUCGAUCGGCACCGCAGUCGACGCGUGGACGGACCCCAUCUUAGGGGAUACGAUGAAGACUACGACGGUCACGUGGGUUGCCAAACGGAGUGCCAAAUGGGUCGUCAAAUGGACCGCCACUGGGACCGCCGUUUGGAUCGUCACCUGGAUCGCCACGUCGAUGAGCGAUGCACGCAACGUUUCGAGGAGGACUACGACGAGGAGGUGUUCAGCGGCCGAGAAGAGACCUAUCGAAACAGGAGAGCCAUGGAAGACGAUCGUGAGUACAGAGAAUGGAGGCAAGACUCCCUGGCCACCUAUGAUGAUCGACGUUCCCACAUGAUGCUGCACGAAGGUAGCAGAAGGGCAGCAGAUAUGUUUCUUUACAACAGAGGCUUCAGAAGUGGCAGCGAGAGGGCAAAGGAAAAACAGCACUAUCAGAAUCAACAGCUGCAUCAGCAGCAGGUGUAUUCAAACAUCGCCGAUAUAUGCAAAAGUUAUAUAAAAAACAUUAAUAGCAUCAACAAGAACACACAUAAGGGUGAAUGCAAGGCGGGCUUUUUUCGAUACCCCAGCGGAGAUGCCAAUCCGUAUGAUGAGCCGUACAGAAGUGUGGAUUACAGAAGUGGGGACCAUUACAGGAGUGGGGACCACUACAGCGGUGGUGACCACUACAACGGUGGUGACCACUACAGCGGUGGUGACCACUACAACGGUGGUGACCACUACAACGGUGGGGGCAGUUACAAGUUAGCGAUGAUUAAGAUGGCCAGCAGGGGAGGCCCAGGUGGAACUGGGCCAAGUUUGAACAUGCCAAGUUUGAACAUGCCAAGUUUGAACACGCCAAGCUUGAGUGCCCCAAGUUACAGGGUCACAAAUGGCAAGGCGGUGAACAGUGCAGCGAACAGUGCGGCGAACAAUGCGGUGAACAGUCAGGAUUUGGCUGGCCACUCUCUUAGCAGCAGAAGGGUGAACAGCAGGGAGAGGAGUAUUAGGGACGGGAGCAGCCGGGAACGAAGCGGCAAACAGGGUAGCGGUAAGCCGGUUGGCGGAAAGCAGGUUGGCGAUCACAAUGUGAAGGACAUCCAGCCCAGCGCCAUUCCCUCGAGUGGCAUCCCCCCGAGUAGAAGCCAAGAACCAGGUGCCCAGCAAAAGUCCGUGCGUAAUGUCCACUUUGUUGAAGUGGAUCCCAAAGAGCAGAACCCAAAGUGCAGCAGAAACGAUUAUCGAGCUAGCGAAAAAAACAUAAUGCAAACAAACAAUUUAGAUCAAAGGAACGUCGACCCAUUGGUCGCGUCGUACAUAGAUGAAGGGGAAAAUAACCUGGAGCAGAAAAGAAGGAAGAAAAAAAAUAAGCAAAGUAAUACUAACAACGUAGGUGAUGUGCAGAUGGGGUUAGUUAUCCCUGAGAGCUACAAUGGGAGAAGUGCCAAGGUGGGAGGAGGGGAUUCCUCUCUGAGGAAGAAAAGCGCAUCUCAUGAGAAGGCGCCGCCAUCCAGCCUUCCCAACGGUACGAACAAUAACGCCAUCUCCAUUUCGAUCGGUAAUGACACCAGCUGUGGCAAUGGUAGGAGUGCUGGCAAAGGCAGUAGCAACCGCAGUAACAGCCGCGGAAGCAGCCGCAAAGGCAACAGCAGUGUCAACAGCAGUGGCAUCAGCAAUGAUAAUAACAACGUGCCGAUGGGGCUGAGCGACAAAGCGACGCCUCCCCACCAUGCCGGACACGCAGGGGAAAAACAAAUUCCCAUGGAAAUCGUAAAGUGUUGCAAGCAAAACAACCUUAUCCUGAGUAAGGACAUCAUAAAGUACUGCAAGCAAAACAACCUCAUCCUGAGUAAGGACAUAAAGGACCUGUUAAAGUAUUACAGCGAGGCUGCUCCGGGUGGGGGGUUGCCCAGCGACUGCGCGAAGAAGGGAGUGAACGUGCAUAUGCUACUGGAGCAGGCGAUCGGCGCGAUGGGCGCAAACAACGCGGUGGGCGCAAACAACGCGAUGGGUGCAAACAACGCGAUGGGUACAAACAACGCUUUGAAGGCGAGUGCCCCUGCUGAAAGGCGAGGAAAGAGCAGUAACCUCACCACUAAUCAUCCGAGUAGUAACCCCAUCAGGAGUGAAAACAAAGCAACUGCAUGCGCUAAAAGUAAUAAGCAUCCAAAGAACAGUGCAAGUACUCUCCCAAGAAAUUGUCGAUCCCAAGUAGGCAAGGACAACAGUAAGAAUCAGACGAGUGUGUACCUGGUCGGCAAUAGUAAUAGUAGAAGUAGUGGUAACGAUAAGACGAGCAUUGGUGGUGCAUCAGCGGAGAGGAAUGACUCGCCAACUCAGAACUUCAUCUCUUUGACGAAUGACGAGGGGGAUGAAGGGCCCAUCGGUGGUAGUAACGCUGUGGGCAUAAGCCAUAGUAAUGACGAUUUGAGGGUCAGCAAGAUGGGCAGUAAGAAGCAGAGCGAGGCAGGUAGCGAGGCGAUGAAUGGUAGUUCUAUGAAUGGCGGCUUGGCGAAUGGUGCAAGUCUCGUCGAGGGAGCGACCCCGAGCAAUUUGAAGAAACCCUUGGGUGUGGAGAAGGGGGGCGGAAGGAGCAAGUCGAAGGAGAAGCUGAGAGGCCCCCACAGCGUCAACGUUAGUAGCGUCAACACCAGUAGCGGUAACAAGGGCGACAAGCGCGAAGUGCUCGGCUUGCCGAUGAAGGAAGAGGACCGCGUCAAGCUGUUGAACGGCUACUACCAAGACGUGCUGAAGUGUUACGGUCAGUAUAGUCGAAGCGGCUUGGAUGACGAGAAGGCUUUCCACCUGUGCGAGUACUGUGAGCAAAACAUUUUUAAUUUAAGUAACUUGCUAACCUCGAGUGAAGCCAAGGAACACCUGUACACAUGCAACAUAUCCUGCGGCAGGACGUUCCACAUGAAAUGUGUGAGUUAUGUCAAACCAAGGGAAAACAAUUUUAUUUGCUUCUUCUGUCUGUACGACAUAAACUUUUGUUCAUUGUGUAAAGAGGUUACAACGAAUGAUGGACUCAUCCCCUGUUACUAUCCACUCUGUAAUAUAUUUCUACACAGUCAGUGUGUUGAAAAGUUGCAGCUGAUGCAUACUGAUUGCUUGAAGCAGUAUUAUUAUUGUACACACUUAGUUGCGCCCAACAGGGGAGGUAAUGGGAACCAGGGGGGAGGAGGGAGUCACUUGGAGAAUGGAAUCAAGGAGGAAUCCGCAGAGGGAAAGAAAUGGAAUAAGAAAAAGAGAAAUUACUACCGGAAAAAGAAGCGGUAUGGAAAGAAAAAAUGCGUCACGUUAAAUAAAAAAAUUGACAAGGUUGAGAAGGGGGAGAAGAGUCAGAAGAAUGAGAAGCCGAGUGGACUUCACCAGGGGAACAUAACUGAUACCUGCAAAAAUGGAACAUGCGUGAAGAAGGUGCCCCUUGAUGGCAGUGACGAAGUGAACAACCCCGAUAAGAAGCGCACCGUCCUGAACACCCCAGCAGGAAAUAACGAGCUAGCCAAAGUGGACGAAUUGACCAAAAACGCUGCCGGACAUUUAAAACUUAGCAAAUACAUAUGCCCCUUACAUGUGUGCUACGUGUGCAAAGAAUUUUAUAUCGUCAAUUUGGAGAAAGUGAAAAAUAAAAGAAGCAGUUGUCUCUUUAGAUGUCUCAAGUGCCUCAAGUCGGUUCACCUCCAUUGCAUGACCAAUAAUUAUAUUAUUUCAUUUAAGCAAAAAAUUAUGUUCUGCUCUAGUCAUAUUGAAUACUACAAGAAGAAGCACAUGAAAAUGUUACUUAGUCGGUUAGACAAGCUGACCAGUGGUGUGGAAGGGACAUUGGAGGCUGCCCAAGAUACGAAGAAGGACAGCAUACCCUGCGUUAGAGGCGUGGUUGCCGCUACGAAUCCGACUAGUGCUAUCUCCGCGACGGGUCAUAAACAGAAAAGGGGAAGCAGCGGCAACCGAAGUGUCAAUCGAAGUGCCAGCCGAAGUGUCAGCCGAAGUGUCAGCCGAAGCGGCUCCAAUCCUUUAACGGUGCCUCCCCAACCUAUGGAGGAAAAAGAAAACGUUGCACGUGCCCCUAUCAGGGUUACCAAUCCCGCAGGAGAAGCCACCCACGUAGGGUUAAACCAGUUUGAAAGAGGAAACAAUACAAAUGCUCCCCUAUCUUGCAAAGACGAAAAGGCACAACAUGUUGAGCAAAAGGGGAAGGUAAAACCGGGUAGCUUCCAAAACGGAGUUAUCAUCACUGAGGAAGGUAAGCAUAUUUUCGAAGGAGAAAAUAAUAUAAGCAACAUUGCGCAUAUUCCUGUCAGUAGUGUUGUACCCCCCAACUUGGGCCAGAAGAAGGAGAAGGAAAAGGAAAAGGAAAAAGUGAUGUUUGACUUAACCGCCGAAGGGGGAAAAGAAAACGGCUUCUACUUGAGGAAUGAAUUUCAGGCGAGCGAAAUGGUAGGCGCUGCGCACAGCAAAAGGGAGGCGACCCAUUUGGAGAAGAAAAACGGCACGAUCGAUGAGGAGGCAAAGGAACACCGCGGCGGAAAUGGUGACAGAAAUGAGGGCAGAAGUGGGGACAUAAAUGGAGACAGAAAUGAGGCCAAAAGUGGAGACAGAAACAACGAUGGAACUUUUAAAAAAAAAAAAAGGAAAGCGUCAAAUGUUAAUGACAUCGAAAUAUUGAAAAACUACAAUUUGGACAUAAACAUUUUGAGCGAUUUUACGAAAAGCAAUCCGGACUCCUGUACAAUGCAGAAAGGGAACUCUUUAUCGAAGCGGAGCUGCGUUGGUAGUGGUACUGCUCAGGGGGAGGGCGUGCCAACUGUCGUUGCCAAGGUGGAGAAGCGACCCCUCGGCUCUGUCGCUGUGCAAGGCGGUGCGAAUCAAAUUUGCAGCAAACGGGUUAGUGUACACAUCAAGGGGAGACAAUCCAAGGGAGAAACCCUAGCUACACGAAACUUGAAACACAUUAGUAGUUGCAAAAUGGAGGAGUUAUGUAAGAAUCUGUUAUCUCCCAAGACGAUCUGUGGCUUGCACACGAGGGAGCACUUCCAAAGUGAAGCAGAAUAUAAUUACUACGUCCUGAUAAAGGUAAGGAGAAUACUGCACAUGGAGAGGUCUCUGUUGGCUUUAAACGAAAUGAACCCAAACAGGAUAAGUGAAGAAUGUGAAGAACACAUAAACAUUUUGUGCACCUUUCGGGAGGACUUUAUCAAUUUUGUUAUUUUUCUUUUUAAGAAGCGGGGCGCAGAGGGGCCACAAAGUGGGUCACAAAGUGGGCCACAAAGUGGGCCACAAAGUGGGAAACAGAAUGGGUUACAUAAUGGGCCACAGAAUGGGUCACAUAAUGGGCCACAGAAUGGUCUACAGAAUGGGCCACAGAAUGGACCCCCAAAUGAAGCACCCACCGAGCGCUUCCCUGCAGAGGAAAAGCAGACCCACAGAAAUGGAACCCAACAAUCUACACCCCAGUUUGAAAGUAAAGACCAAGAGAGAAUCGCUAGGUGUAAGAAAAAUGUGGUGAAGAGAGGCCAACGUAAAGAUGCCAGCCUUUGUGGAAUCGAUGGCAAAGUAGAAGAGUGCGCGUUGGGUGAGGAGGCAAAGAAGAACACGCUUCGUGGAGAUAGUAAGAAGUAUGAGAGUGGGGAGAAGCAUAGAUAUGGAGAAGGGGCAGCUGUGGAUGUGACCGCCCCUAACGGAGCCGCUGCUAACGGAACCGCCGCUAAUGGAGACACCGCGGAUGAAGAACAGGGCAGGAGCAAAAACGAGGAGGAGAAAAUAAAAUGGGUCUCCAACGAUUUGCUGAACAUAUUGUACAAGGAACUCAAAAACGCAGCCAGCAUUAUUGGGCCCACUGUGAAAGAAAGGACGCCUCAGGGAUUACCGCACGGCAAGAGUUUCCAUAAUGUGGAGGAUAACUUACAAGGGGUAGUAGACCUUAACAGAGUAACAGUACCGUCUGCUGUUGAGAACCGAACUUUGUACAUGAACCAAAGCAGAUAUUUGAAUGGCGAGCUGAAGGAGAAAGCGAACCCGCACAUGGGCAGUAAAAAAGGAGACACUACAGAGUGGAAAGAAGAAAUAGGUAGGGGAGGAAGACCCGUGGGUGGGCUAAUGAACACAGGAAAUAGUACCGAUGUGAAAUUAGCAAAAAUGUUGGCUACUGUGGAGGGUAGAUCAAACCUGGUGAAUGAAAAUAAUGGAGAAGUAGAAGAAGACGUUGGAAAGGGAAAGAGAAAAAUGUUAAAAAACGGAAAAAUGGAUAUAACUGAUUUUUCACAGCUAAUCAAGAAUGGAGGCAAAAUAGAUGUAAGCACGUUAAAAAAGCACAGUCUUUAUUUGAACUUUGAAUACAUUUCCAAGAACGUGUACUUGAAUGACCAGAAUAAAAAUUUGUUGGCGUGUAAAUCAGAUGACUAUAGAUGCUUGUGCCAGGGGGAGUGCGACCCCUUCAGUUGCUACAACUCGCUGAGCAAGAUUCAGUGCUCCAGGAACAGGUGCAACUUACCCAUACAGGUUCAGGACAAGAAGUGCUUCAACCGGCCGUUCAAGCACUCCGCGAUAAAGGAACUCGAGAUCAAACAGACGGAACGCACCGGAUUCGGAGUGUUUUGCAAGCGGGACAUAAAAAACGGAGAACUCAUAUGUGAGUACGUUGGAGAGGUGCUGGGGAAGAAGGAAUUUGAGGAAAGGAUGGAAGCAUACCAGGAGGAAAGCAAAAAGACGGACAUGUACAACUGGUACUCAAUUCAGAUUAAUCGAGAUGUACACAUCGAUAGUAGGAGGAAGGGCAGCAUCUCAAGAUUUGUGAACCACUCGUGCUCUCCUAACAGUGUUUCGCAGAAGUGGAUCGUCCGCGGCUUCUACCGGAUUGGUAUAUUUGCCCAACAGGACAUUCCCGCCGGGGAGGAGAUAACAUACAACUACAGCUACAACUUCGUGUUCAAUAAUUUCGAGUGUCUGUGCAACUCAGCCAACUGCAUGAACUACAAUUUGAAGAAGAAGGAAGAAACAGAAAACGAAAUGAGCGAUAUUGAGAUAACGGACAAUGACAUAUUCAACCCGAUAGAAAAUUUCAACAAUUUGCAUCGGAAGAUGCAGGACUGGAUUGUAAACCUUGACAGUAUAGGAAUAAAAUCUUUAUAUAAGUACAACAAAAUGAAUGCCAUUAAUUUAAGGCUAAUGGAAUGCUUUUCCACGUGGAUUUUUUAUGACCUCAAUUUCGACAAGAAUCAGUUUUUCUCUUUGAGGUCCAAGCCAUUCAAUGCGCUGAGUGAAUUUUGGAAAAUCCUGGUUUCGUCCUUUUCCGACGGGGAGAAGAAUAUCAUAAAUGCCUUCAGUUUGUUCUUGCCCUCUCUGAUAAAGAUUGGCCAGCUGCGCAGGAUUCAGCAGUAUAGCUACAUCCUGCACAACAUCGUGGGCGCGGAGCACGAGAUGUGGAACCUGAUCGACAAGGGAUUCGCGGAUGACGAGGUGUGUAGGAAAUGCAAAAGCUGCGGCAACCUAACCAUGUGUGAUAAAUGCUUCAACAGCUACCACCACAUCUGCGGAAACAUGCACUCCAGGGUUUACAAAAAUAACGAACUAGUUUUGUGCAAAUUUUGCCAAAAGUAUGAUUAUAAGAUAAAGUGGAUUAAACAGAACUACAGAGAACAAAUGAAGUGUUGUAUUGAAAUUAGGAGCAUCGCUUUUUACAAACUAAAUCGGGAUAUCAUGACGCUGCUGGAACAGUCGGUAAAGUACACGAAGGAUAUGUCCAUGGCGGCCAUUAACGAACACAACUCGAAGGAGUGCAACAGCAAAAAGCUCCGCCUGAAGAAGUUCCAGUACAAGUACGUCAAGAUAUGA